AUGUCGAUAACAAAUCAUACUGAAGGCGAAAGCCAAAAAGUAUUUGAAGUGCUUUGUUCAACUGGCUUGACUACAGAAAUAAGUUAUCAGUUAACAGGUCUUGUUGUCUUCAACGUAUUUAUUGCUCUCACCACAACUGUAGGAAACGCUCUGAUCCUCGUGGCCCUUAACAAGGUUUCUUCUCUUCAUCCAUCAUCCAAACUGUUGUUUCGGAAUUUGGCAGCAACUGAUCUCUGUGUUGGUGUUAUUGCACAACCUCUUUACAUUGGCUAUGUGGCACUUCUACUUACGGAAAACUGGAAGAUUUGCCGCCAUGCAUUAGUCGCAAGUUUUGCUGUGGGUUCGAUAUUAGGCGCGGUGUCUCUACCCACCUUGACUGCAAUAAGCGUGGACAGACUUCUGGCCCUGCUGUUGAGACAGAGAUACAGGCAAGUUAUAACUUUGAGGCGAACAAAAGUGCUUGUAUGCAACCUUUGGGUUUUAGCUGCUGUUGCUACAGCAAUGUACUUUUUAAAUUACGAUAUAGCCCUACAAGGCACCAUCAUAGUCGUAUCGUUGUAUUUAGCAACUUCAAUAUUUUCUUACAUGUGGAUUUUCUUCGCUCUACGUCAUCACCAAAGCCAAGUACAAAACGUUUUUCAAAGACAAUCGAGCCAAACAACUCCACUGAACAUAGCGCGAUACAGAAAGGCAGUGUCCAGUUCACUGUGGGUGCAGUUGGUGUUAGUCGCUUGUUAUCUCCCCUAUGGAAUAGUAGUGGCUUUGUGGGCUUACACUGGACUUCCGUCAGUCGUUUUUCUAGUGGCUCAAUGCACAAUCACAUUGGUGUAUUUGAAUUCUUCCUUAAACCCAUUCAUUUACUGUUGGAAGAUUAAAGAACUGAGACAAGUUGUGAAACAGACAAUUAGGGAAUUUUUCUCUUCAUCGAGUUAG